CUGCCUGCCGCAACCUGCAUUGACAUUCGACAAUAGCACCAAUUCAAGCAACCCCCCGUCUCGUCCUCCUUCCUCUCAAGAGUCGAGACCCAGGCAGCCAGGCUUCCAGUUCCAGCCCCACCUCGCCUCUACCCUCCUCAAACCCUACACCACGCCCCCCGGCCCCCAGCCCCCGGCCUUCGCCCAACCCGAUAGCGUAGCGCCGGCGCAGAACCGGACCCUGCCGUGCGGUUGUCCACCCCGCUCGGCGCCGCCCGCCGCCGCCGCCGCCUUUGAUGUCUCCUACCUGCGACCUCGGCUUCCUCUGCCCCCGGUCGCAGAAGAGCUCCCAAGAGGUCCCCCGAGCCACCGCUUCCGGCGCCCAGCGAUUGGCUUCCCCACCGCAGCCGAGAUGAGCAGCGGCGGCGAGAAGAUGUUGUUGUUUGGGUCCUUUACGGAGGACGAGACUAAGUUGUUACAGGGUCAGCCCCUCAAAAGUCCAACUAAAAGUGUCAGCAAAGAAUGUGAACGGACGGAGAUCCAGUUUGGCACCCUGAACUUGUCAGUGCUGAAUUUAGAGAAAAUAUCUACUUCAAGUGUUGUUCUUCCUGCAAAAUCAGCAAAAGGGGAAACCAGUGCCAUCACGAAGGAGAAUGCAUGCAAUAAUGAAAAGAAAGCUGCAGGGUCAAGCCUUUCAAACGGUGGACCAGUUCUGGCUAAUGGAUGCCCUCCUGUUAAUGUUCCUGCUAACAAUGGUUUAUUUGAGAAUGUGAAGACAGAGGCUGUUGUCCCACCAGUUAUACCUGUCAAAAUCAUCAGCAAUCCAACACCGCAAAUGACGUUGGAGACGCAUAAGGAUGGCACCAAACCCACUGAAAGCAGAAAGUUAAAUAAGGAAAGGGAAAUUACUGAAAAUGGUAGUCCAAUUGUCGAUAAACACAUUGUUGCUGCUCCAGCAGAAGAGGCAGUCACAAGCCUAAAUAAGAAAGCCUCUCAGAACAUGCCCUUGCUUCCACAUGGUUUGAGGAACACAGGAAAUAUUUGCUUUCUGAAUGCAACUUUGCAGGCAUUGCUUUCAUGCUCGCCUUUUGUCUACCUUUUACAGGAUUUGAGGAACCGCAGGAUACCUAAGGUUGGCUACCCAACUCUGAGUGCAUUUGUUGAGUUGAUAUCUCAAUUGGAUGUGCCUGAUGAGUCAGUUAUCAAGAAAAAUGAGAAGGUUAUUACUGUUGCCGCAAAACCACUUAAUCCUGCCAUGUUUGAUGCUGUUCUCAGAAACUUUACACCAGAUGUGCCGGCUGGAAUAACUGCUCGGCCUAGGCAGGAAGAUGCUCAAGAGUUUUUAAGUUUUGCCAUGGAUAGAAUGCAUGAUGAACUGCUGAAACUUAAUGGAGAUGGUUUGAAUUCAAAGGAGGGGAUGGUUGUUUCAUCCGCUGAUGAUGAUGCUUGGGAGACAGUUGGACGAAAGAACAAAUCUGCAAUAGUUAGAACUCAGAGUUUUGUCCCCUCUGAGCUUAGUGCUAUUUUUGGAGGGCAGCUACAGAGCGUUGUGAAAGCUGCAGGUAACAAAGCAUCAGCUACUGUUCAGCCCUUCCUACUGCUCCAUCUUGAUAUAUUCCCAGAUGCUGUUCAGACGCUUAAUGAUGCACUUCGUCUGUUCUCUACUCCUGAAUCUUUGGAAGGAUACAGAACAGCUGCGGGAAAGGCUGGUUUGGUGACAGCUAGAAAAUCAUUCAAGAUACACGCACUUUCAAAGAUAAUGAUACUGCACUUGAAGAGGUUCAGUUAUGGAAAUCAUGGGAGCACUAAAGUCUAUAAGCCACUCCACUUUCCAUCCGUACUGGUUCUUAGUCGUGAUCUGCUGAGCUCACCAUCACAAGAGGGUAGAAAAUACGAGCUUGUUGCAACCAUCACUCAUCAUGGGAGGGACCCCUACAGGGGGCACUACACCGCUCACGCAAAGCAUGGCAACGGGCAAUGGCUUCGUUUCGACGACGACGCCGUUGUGCCCGUUGGCGAGAAGGAUGUCUUGCAUGACCAAGCAUAUGUCCUCUUCUACAAACGAGUCUGAAAGCACGACGUAGUUGAAUAGUUAGUUGCUCUUUCGUAUUGCCGCUGCUUAAACAGGCAGAUAUCAUCAUCUAACUAUGGUCCUGUUAAUGUAGCCGCUGAGUAACAGCAGAGUAUUAUGUGGAGUGCACCCUGGUGCCGCCUGUGUUUAUUAGUAUAUUAUUUGACUGGUCGUAUAGCGAGAGGGGGAUUCGUCGUCAGCCCAUUUUGAGGUUCUGUAAAAUUUCAACUGCGCAUCAUUGUAAUGACCAGCGAAGUAAUGAUGGGAUGUUAUGCUAA